UCUCGUUUAUUUCGUUGCUCUUGUUGUGAGCGCGCCAGUGAAUUUGUUCAAUUUCGUUACAUUACGUGGAAUAGUGUUGGAGCGAUUGUUUCCCAUGAGAAUUGAUGAGAUGGGAAAGAGAUGUGUGUUUUGAGUUUUUGCGAUUCGUAAUUGUGGGAGAAUUGUGAGUUUCUUGAUGAUAUAAUGAGAUGCCUAGCAUGGGUUCUGACAUGGGAGAUCGUGAUAGGGAGCUGUUUGUGGAAGUUGAUCCAACUGGUAGGUAUGGCCGGUAUAGUGAGCUUCUCGGGUCGGGGGCUGUAAAGAAAGUGUAUAGGGCCUUCGACCAAGAAGAAGGAAUUGAGGUGGCAUGGAACCAAGUUAAGUUACGGAACUUAAGCGACGAUGAAACCAUGAUCAACCGGUUGUAUUCAGAGGUUCGGUUGCUGGGGAGUUUAAAAAACAAGAAUAUUAUCGCAUUGUACUCAGUAUGGAGGGAUGAGGAGAGGAACACUCUGAAUUUCAUUACUGAGGUUUGUACAUCAGGGAAUUUGAGGGAAUACAGGAAGAAGCAUAGGCAGGUUUCAAUGAAGGCUUUGAAGAAGUGGUCCAGGCAGAUUCUCAAGGGCUUGGACUAUUUGCACACUAAUGACCCCUGUGUGAUUCAUAGGGAUCUCAAUUGUAGCAAUAUUUUCAUCAAUGGCAAUAUUGGUCAGGUGAAGAUCGGUGAUUUGGGAUUGGCAGCAACAGUGGGGAAAAAUCACUCAGCCCAUUCGGUGCUCGGAACACCAGAAUUCAUGGCACCUGAGUUAUAUGAUGAGGACUACACGGAGAUGAUUGACAUAUAUUCGUUCGGUAUGUGCUUGCUGGAGAUGGUGACUCUCGAGUUACCCUACAGUGAAUGUGACAAUGUUGUCAAGAUAUAUAAAAAGGUGACUUCUGGGGUGAGACCUCAAGCCAUGAACAAGGUUAAGGACCCUGAGGUGAAAGCAUUCAUCGAGAAGUGUCUUGCUCAGCCAAGGGCUAGACCAUCAGCCGCUGAUCUCCUCAAAGACCCGUUUUUUGACAGUAUUCUUGAUGACGACGAUGAAAAUGGUGAUAAUAGUAUAAGCUAACAGUGGCAGUUGAAAAUUUCGUUAGGUUGUGUGUGUUGUCAGUUAGUUCUUCUCAUUCCUGCCACUGAAUUUUGAAAGGGUGCUGCGAAUGGUGUUUUUGAAAUUUGAUGGUAUCCCUAGUAUUCUUUUGUUGAUUGGUUUUGGCAAACUACCCCAAACGUAAGAAGGAGAUGAUGUGGGGAAGGUUUGCUCUGUGCUGGUGGUUUGUGUAAAUAGAGUUUGAAUUCAUAAGGCAUUCAGCAUUUGGGAAAAAGAUCUGAAUUGUAUAUUGUGGAUAAUCUUGUCUUAUCCUGACAUUUUCUUCAAAUUUGAUUGUCAUCACCAUGAAGAAAAAAGUAUUAAGAGGUUGAUGAUGAUCUAUGCUACUUUGGUUAUCCACUUAUCCUGGUCGAUAUUGACUUUAA